AGUAUUCUCGUCAGUCCUCUUCCUCCAGCUCAGCCUCCCCUCUGGAGCCCUUAUCCCAUCCCCUUGUUUCCGCGUCCCUCCUUGAGUGGCUGGUGGGGAACGUGAAUGGAGAGGAAAGAGGCAGGAAGCCAGAGGGGGGUGUGAGAAAAAACGAAAACAGGCUGCCAAGCCAGGGAAUUCCUCCCAAUUUGAAAAGGAAGUCAGCUGACCUUCAUUAGUUAGGUAAAUUUAACAACCUUUUAUGCGUAAUAUUUGACUUUGGAAACAAAAAUGAACUUUGCGGAGGAAGAGGACGCUAAGAGGUACUGCAUUAAAACGAAACAUGUGGCCAUAAUCUGUGUGGUGGUGGUGGCAGUGGGAUUAAUUGUAGGACUUUCCGUGGGCUUGACCAGGUGCAGCAGCUCCACGGGGGACGCCGGGCAGGGCCCAGCUCCGGUUCCCUCUGAAGCUCCUUCCCCGGAGAGCCCACCGGAGGACCAAGGGGUCUGCCCUGCCGGAGAAGACGAAAGUGGAGACUGGAAAAACUUCAGGCUGCCGGACUACAUCAACCCAUUGCACUACGACUUGGAGGUGAAGCCUCUGCUGGAGGAGGACACGUACACAGGCAGCGUGACCAUCUCCAUCAACGUGAGCUCGCCCACCCGGUACCUGUGGCUGCACCUGCGGGAGACCAGGAUCACCCAGCUCCCGGAGCUGAAGAGGUCCUCCGGGGAGCAGGUGCCAGUCAGGCGGUGCUUCGAGUACAAAAAGCAGGAGUAUGUGGUAAUGGAGGCAGAAGAAGAGCUUGCCCCCGGCAGUGGCGAGAAUGCCUACCUCCUGACCUUGAAGUUCGCAGGCUGGCUGAACGGCUCGCUCGUGGGAUUUUACAGAACGACGUAUGAGGAGGACGGACAAAUCAAGAGCAUAGCGGCCACUGAUCACGAACCAACAGAUGCCAGAAAAUCCUUCCCUUGUUUUGAUGAGCCCAACAAAAAGGCAACUUACACAAUAUCCAUCAUCCACCCCAAAGAAUAUCAGGCAGUUUCAAAUAUGCCAGUGGAGAAAGAAGAGUCGAUGGACGAUAGAUGGAAUAGAACAACUUUCAGGAAGUCUGUCCCUAUGAGCACUUACCUGGUGUGCUUUGCUGUACAUCAGUUUGACCGUGUUGAGAGACUGUCAAAGCAGGGAAUACCUCUCACUAUAUACGUCCAGCCACAGCAAAAGCACACAGCUGAGUAUGCUGCAAAUGUAACUAAAAUUGUGUUUGAUUAUUUUGAAGAAUACUUUGAUAUGCAUUAUGCUCUUCCUAAAUUAGAUAAAAUCGCUAUUCCAGAUUUUGGCACUGGGGCCAUGGAGAACUGGGGUCUCAUCACUUACAGAGAAACAAACCUGCUUUAUGACCCCCAGGAAUCAGCCUCAUCAAACCAGCAGAGGGUGGCCAGUGUGGUUGCCCAUGAACUUGUGCAUCAGUGGUUUGGAAAUACUGUGACCAUGGAAUGGUGGGAAGACUUGUGGCUAAAUGAAGGAUUUGCUUCCUUCUUUGAGUUCCUUGGAGUAAACGAAGCAGAAAAAGAUUGGCAAAUGAGAGACCAGAUGUUACUUGAAGAUGUAUUACCUGUGCAAGAGGAUGAUUCUUUGAUGUCUUCACACCCAAUUGUUGUCACCGUGACAACUCCUGCUGAAAUAACAUCUGUUUUUGAUGGAAUAUCCUAUAGCAAGGGAGCGUCCAUUCUGAGAAUGCUUGAAGACUGGAUGACACCAGAGAAAUUUCAAAAAGGAUGUCAGAUUUACUUGGCAAAAUACAAAUUCAAGAAUGCAAAAACUGAAGAUUUUUGGGGAGCGCUUGAAGAGGCAAGUAAUCUACCAGUGAAAGAAGUAAUGGAUACAUGGACCAAACAGAUGGGCUAUCCUGUACUUAAUGUCAAAGAUAUGAGGAACAUCACACAGAAACGCUUUCUGUUGGACUCAAAAGCUAAUCUUUCUGAGCCACAUUCAGAUCUUGGUUACACAUGGAAUAUUCCAGUUAAAUGGACUCAAGAUAACGUAUCAAGUAUUACAUUCUACAACAGGUCAGAAACAGGAGGAAUCACUUUGAAUCCUGCUGGAAAUGUUUUUCUCAAAAUAAACCCAGAUCAUAUUGGGUUUUAUCGUGUAAAUUAUGAAGUACCAACUUGGGAAUGGAUAGCUACCCAUCUCUCCAGCAACCACACGGACUUUUCUUCUGCUGACCGUGCAAGUCUUAUUGACGAUGCUUUUGCCUUGGCAAGAGCUCAACUUCUAGAUUAUAAGAUGGCUCUAAACCUGACCAAGUAUCUCAGAAUGGAAGAAGACUUUUUACCAUGGCAGAGAGCAAUUUCAGCUGUAACCUAUAUUAUUAGCAUGUUUGAAGAUGAUAAAGAGCUAUACCCUGUGAUUGAGAAAUACUUCCAAAGUCAAGUGAAGCCCAUUGCAGAUCUUCUGGGAUGGAAUGAUGACGGAGGCCACAUUACAAAGUUGCUCCGUGCCUCUGUGUUAGGGUUUGCGUGCAAAAUGGGAGAUCAAGAAGCCUUGGACAAUGCUACCCAAUUAUUUCAGCAGUGGCUAAGUGGGACUGUAAGGCUUCCUGUAAAUCUCAGGCUUCUGGUAUAUCGGUAUGGAAUGCAGAACUCUGGCAAUGAGACUUCAUGGAACUACACUCUUGAUCAAUACCAGAAAACUUCAUUAGCUCAGGAAAAAGAAAAACUGUUGUAUGGAUUAGCAUCGGUAAAGAAUGUUACUCUUUUGUCAAGAUAUUUAGAUUUGCUCAAGGACCCAAACCUUAUUAAAACUCAGGAUGUGUUUACAGUUAUCCGAUAUAUCUCAUACAACAGCUAUGGGAGGAAUAUGGCCUGGAAUUGGAUUCAGCUCAACUGGGAAUAUCUAGUCAACAGAUAUACACUCAAUGACAGAAACCUUGGCAGAAUUGUCACGAUAGCAGAACCUUUCAACACUGAACUUCAGCUCUGGCAGAUGGAGAGUUUUUUCAAAAAGUAUCCAGAUGCUGGAGCAGGAGAAAAACCUAGGGAGCAAGUGCUGGAAACAGUGAAGAACAAUAUCGAGUGGUUAAGGCAAAACAGAAAUACCAUAAGACAAUGGUUUUUGGAUUUACCUUAAGAAUGGUUAAUGUGUCCAAAUGUCAUAUUUUAAUUUUAUGAUUCUAUUGUUUCUCCUAUUACAUAUAUUUUGGCCAAAUUUACAAGCACUAUGGAGGGAGUCUUAUACGCAGAUAUUGCUUUUGCUAAGUAGUGUGUUUCUGUAUUGCAAAGCUUUCAAAUUGUUCUUCUUUGUUUAUGAAGGAAGAUACUAAUACAGUAGUGAAUGUACUCAGGGAUUUCUUCUAAGUGUACUUCAUAGGAGAUUCUUUGCAAACUGAAGAGAAUGUAAUAGCCAUUUUAAUGUCUUUAAAUAUCAUUCUUUAUAUCUUAAAUCUGUGAAAAUAGAACAAUUUGGUCUUAGCUUUACAUUUUUAGUACCAAAGAAACACCACUUAAUCUUCUCUCUUGAUUGAUUUUUAAAGUUUAAAUACCAGUACUUGAGGGACCAAAAUUACCAUCUUAAUCUUUAUUUUAUUAUUCAGAAUUACACAUAUCUAAUAUCAUUGUAUUCACAUGUGUCCUAUUCCUUUAAAUCCUACCAGAGUAACCCAGGUUUAAAUUUUACUCAAGGACUGCAUGAAUUAGCCAAAGAAACGCCUAUUGCCUUCACUCUAAAAUCAACAAAAACACUCUCUUCUCCUUUUUAAAAUAAAUCUGAAUGGUUAACCUGAAGAA